CGACGGCCUGCCGGACGCCUCCGCGGCCGUGCGCGGGGCGGCGAAGGAGAACGGUGCCGGAGGUGCAGCGGCCGGUGACCUCCGUGAGGUGCCUGCACCUGCUGAAGAAGCACGCGGGCUCGCGGAGGCCGAGCUCCUGGCGGGAGAAGGUGAUCACGAGGAGCGUCGAGGAGGCGACGUACCGGCUAAAGGAGCUGCGGAAGGCCAUCGAGGCGAAGGCCACGCCUGCGGAGCGGCAGGCCGAGUUCGAGCGCCUGGCGCGCCGCGAGAGCGACUGCGGCUCCGCCGCGGAGGGCGGCUCCCUGGGGCGCUUCGGGCGCGGCAAGAUGCAGACGCCCUUCGAGGAGGCCUCGUUCGCCCUCAAGGUGCAGGAGCUCACGGCGUCGUCUCGACGGACAGCGGGGUGCACAUCAUCCUGCGCCUGGAGUAGGCCGCGCGCGGGGUCCCCAGGCCCUGCCCUCGGCAGAGGGACCGACCGAGGUCCGGCCGUGAGCGACACCUUUGUCCUCCUCCUGUCACUCCUGUCAUACAACCCUCGCCCAUCCUGCUCCGUGCUCUUCCUUCUCGCACUGGGCGCACGCGUGCGCGACCUGUUCUGCCUUCGAGGAGGAAGAAGAAAAGAACAGUCUGCUGCAUACAGUUGCUUUGGGGGGUCUUGCUGGUGAGUAUAUGAAAACACAUUGUGCC